AUGUGCUUUCCUGCUAGCAGCCAGGCUGCCCUGGGCCUCGGCCCCUCUGUCCCGAGCUCUGUGGGGGGAAGGGACAUAAAGAGGGGGGCCCUGGGGCGUGGGACCAGGGAGCGGGGCUGUCGGGAAGAAGGGGAGAUUCCCGGUGACGCCAGCGGCUUAGCACAGCGCACGCCGGGUUCCCGUCCCGGCUCCCCCGCCUUGCCUCCGAGCCGGGUGGCCUGGUUUCCCGAGGUGCUGAGUCCCUGCAGCCUGGGGCCCUCUCCUGCUCCUAGGGCCAGGGCUGUUUGCCUGGCGCCGGCUGCCCCGUCCCUGACACUCUGCUCUCUGCUCCUCCCUCCCAGCUCUUUGGAGAUGACCUGCUACGACAGUGACGAGGCCAACGCCAGGAGCGUGUCCAGCCUGUCCAACCGCUCCUCGCCCCUGUCCUGGCGCUACGGGCAAUCGGCGGUCCCCGCCCCCGGGGGGGGGCGCCCCUGCCGGUCGGAAGGCACCCCCAGCUGGUACGCGCCCGGCGAGCGGGCACACUACUCCCACACCAUGCCCAUGCGCAGCGCCAGCAAACUGAGCCACAUCUCCCGGCUGGAGCUGGUCGAGUCGCUGGACGCCGACGACGUGGAGCUCAAGUCCGGAUACAUGAGCGACAGCGACCUGCUGGGCAAGACCCUGACGGAGGACGACGACAUCACCACAGGCUGGGACGAGAGCAGCUCCAUUAGCAGCGGGCUCAGCGAUGCCUCCGACAACCUCAGCUCGGAAGAGUUCAACGCCAGCUCCUCCCUCAACUCCCUCCCGUCCAGCCCCACGGCGUCCCGGAGGAACUCGGCCAUAGCGCUGCGCACGGACUCGGAGAAGCGCUCGCUGGCCGAGAGCGGGCUGAGCUGGUACAGCGAGGCCGAGGAGAAAGGGCCCAAGAAGCUGGACUACGACAGCGGCAAGCCGGAGGCCAAAGCCACGGACAAGAGCAAGCUGGCGGUGAAGAACGCGGGCCUGCAGCGCUCUUCCUCCGAUGCUGGCCGGGGAGUAGCUCCUUGGUGGGGCAAGCCGGAGGCCAAAGCCACGGACAAGAGCAAGCUGGCGGUGAAGAACGCGGGCCUGCAGCGCUCUUCCUCCGAUGCUGGCCGGGAUCGGCUCGGGGAUGCCAAGAAGCCUCCCUCGGGGCUCACCCGGCCCUCCACCUCCGGCUCCUUCGGCUACAAAAACUCAGCUACUGUGAUGCAGGCAGGCGGCUCGGCCACGCUCGGCAAGAUCCAGAAGAGCUCCGGCAUCCCCGUCAAACCCAUCAAUGGGAGGAAAACCAGCCUGGACGUCUCCAACGCCGGCGAGCCCGGCUUCCUGGCCCCCGGGGCUCGCUCCAACAUCCAGUACCGGAGGGGGGGGGGGGGGGGGCGUGGGGGGACCCGGCCGGUGAGCAGCAGCAUCGACCCCAGCCUCCUGAGCACCAAGCAAGGGGGCAUCUCGGUGUCCCGGCUCAAGGAGCCUUCCAAGAUCGGCGCGAGCCGGAGCACGCCUGCCCCGGUGAACCAGACGGACCGAGAGAAGGAGAAAGCCAAAGCCAAGGCCGUGGCCCUGGACUCCGAGUGCGUCUCGCUGAAGAGCAUCGGCUCCCCCGAAAGCACCCCCAAGGCCCAAGCCAGCCACCCGCCUCCUGCCAAAGUGGCCGAGCUGCCCCCUACGCCACUCAGGGCGCCUGCCAAGAGCUACGUGAAGCCCCCUUCCCUGGCCAAUUUGGACAAGGUCAACUCCAACAGCCUGGACCUGCCCUCCGCCAGCGAGCUGCCCCCGCCCCACGCCAGCAAGCGGCAGGACCUGCACCGGCAGGACCUGCACGUGGGCACCGGGCACCUCCCGCCCUGCUUCACCCCCAGCCCUGCCCCCAUCCUCAACAUCAACUCCGCCAGCUUCUCCCAGGGCCUGGAGCUCAUGAGCGGGUUCAGCGUCCCCAAGGAGGGCAGGAUGUACCCCAAGCUCUCAGGCCUGCACCGCAGCAUGGAGUCCCUGCAGAUGCCAAUCAGCCUGCCCAGUGCCUUUCCUGGGGGCAGCACCACCGCCCCUGCCCCCGACGCCGCCCCUCCUGUCGGCAGAGAGGAGGAGACCAACGAGCCAGGCUGGACCGGCAGCCCCAGAACCGCACAUCUGGACAGCACCAGCCGCGACCGGAACACGCUGCCCAAGAAGGGGCUGAGGUACCAGCUCCAGUCCCAAGAGGAGACCAAGGAGCGGCGACACUCCCACACGAUCGGCGGGCUCCCGGAGUCGGACGACCCCUCGGAGCUGCCCUCCCCUGCUGCCCUCUCCGUGGCCUUGGCCGGGAAAGGCCCGCUUACCAAUAUCGUGAGCCCCACCUCGGCCGCCGCGCCGCGGAUCACCCGCUCCAACAGCAUCCCCACCCACGACUCCGCCUUCGAGCUCUACAGCACCUCCCAGACGGGCAGCACCCUCUCCCUGGCAGACCGGCCCAAGGGCAUGAUCCGCUCGGGCUCCUUCCGGGACCCCACGGACGACGGUGAGGCUCCGGUCUCCGACCUGGGACGGAUGCGGACGCUGCUGGGACCCACCUGGCACGUUGCUGUGGGGAUGGCGCUGCUGAUGACUCGGUGGGUCUGCGUUCCCUCCGCGCCCGGCCCCCUUUGCUGGGGGAGCCUCCUCCCCACUACGGCUCUGCGGCCGCUCUGUGCGCUGGGCGUGCCAGGGCUCUGGGCAGGGCAGGCAGCAAAGCAGCGUGCUGGGAGGUGGUGGGGGAUGCCGCAUGCCUGCUCCCCCACAUGGGCACUUGUGGGGCUGGCUGGGGGCUCCCCCGGCGGCUGGGCUCCCCGCCGUGCUCUGAGCGCAACGCCCUCUCCUGUCUCCUUUCAGGCAAACCUCGUGGCGGCCUUCGAGCAGAGCCUGGUGAACAUGACGUCCCGGCUGCGCCAGCUGGCGGAGACAGCGGAAGAGAAGGACACGGAGCUGCUGGACCUGCGGGAGACCAUUGACUUCCUGAAGAAGAAGAACUCAGAGGCCCAAGCUGUGAUCCAAGGGGCUCUGAAUGGGACUGACGUCACGCCCAAAGAGCUGCGCAUCAAGAGGCAGAACUCCUCCGACAGCAUCUCCAGCCUCAGCAGCAUCCCCAGCCACUCCAGCAUCGGCAGCGGCAAGGAUGCCGACGCCAAGAAGAAGAAGAAGAAGAGCUGGGUGUAUGAGCUCCGGAGCUCGUUCAACAAGGCCUUCAGCAUCAAGAAGGGCCCCAAGUCGGCCUCCUCCUACUCGGACAUCGAGGAAAUCGCCACCCCCGACUCCUCCGCCCCGUCCUCCCCCAAGCUGCAGCACGGCUCCGCAGAGACCGCCUCGCCCUCCAUCAAGUCCUCCAACUCCUCCUCCGUGGGCAUCGACGCCACCGAGGAGCGGAUGCUUAGCGAGUCGUGGGGAUUCGGGGUCCAUUCUGGCCAGCCGGGCGGCGUGGGCAUCUCUCGGGCAGCGCUCAGCCCAGGGAGCAAGGUGCCUGCCGUGCCCCUCGCUCCCUGCUGGGACGGGCCAUUUACUCCUGCUCUUCCAUCCCAGGACCUGCAGCUGUACCUCUCCAACCUGGCCAAUCAGAUCGACCGGGAGACGGGCAUCGGGGACGUGCCAUUGGUCAUCCUCCUCGAUGACCUCAGCGAGGCCGGCUCCAUCAGCGAGCUUGUCAACGGAGCCCUCACCUGCAAGUACCACAAAUGUGCUCCCUGUCCGCCCAGGAUGCUGACAUUUUCGAACAACGUGGAGCCGGCCAACGGCUUCUUGGUCCGCUACCUGCGCCGGAAGCUGCUCGAGUCAGACAGCGACGUCAAUGCCAACCGGGUGGAGCUGCUGCGGGUGCUGGACUGGGUGCCCAAGCUGUGGUACCACCUGCACACCUUCCUGGAGAAGCACAGCACCUCGGACUUCCUCAUUGGUCCCUGCUUCUUCCUGUCCUGCCCCAUCGGGAUUGAGGAUUUCCGGACCUGGUUCAUUGACCUGUGGAAUAACUCCAUCAUCCCCUACCUGCAGGAGGGGGCAAAGGAUGGGAUAAAGGUACCAGCCAACGCCCCAUCUGGCCAAGCGUGGGCUGAGCAGAUCCAGGGCUCCAACACCCCCGCCCUUGUGGGGGGUCUGGGAUCACAGGAAUUCCCUGCCCACAUGGCCAUGCUGCUGAAGCUCCAGGAAGCAGCCAACUACAUCGAGUCUCCGGACCGAGAGACCAUGGUGGAUCCCAACCUGCAGCCGACGCCGUGAGGCCGCACCAGGGAGGGGAGCUCGCCGCCCUC